GAGAAAAUGUGAACAAAUAAAUACCGGUGUUAUAAUUUUGGACUUGACAUUGUUUGUAUGAAAUAUAGGAAGCUUUAAUUUCAAGAAUCUAAAUUAUUUCAAACAUGGGUCAAUAUUUCUGUGAUCAAUUUGUGUGAUACAUGUGUGCUUUGACGUAAAAAAAAAGGAUGAAAGUUGCUUACAUGCAGCAGCUCUUGUACCCAUGUUGACAAUGCAGUCACAAUAAUCAAAGGCUAGGGAAACACUGAGGUCACAUUGUUUAAAACGUGCAGGUAUCUUCAACAUGGGGGCAGCUUGAUUUAUCCCAUAACAGAUCAAUAGUGUUGAAAAAUAAGGGCUAAUUGAAAGAAUCUACAAGAACAGAAGGACAAAAACACGUGUUUAGGGCCCAGGGCCACAAUCCUCGGAAAAAUCGAUACGAAAGGCAUCUUGGAUAUCACUCGCGUUCGUACUUUUUUCUAUCUACAACUCAGCUAAGAAACACUUACGUCGAAUAUUCGGAAACGGGCGGUUUAGUAGACGGUAAGCCAUAAUUUUUAACAAAUUCGGUCAAUCAAAAUGCAUCCCCCAUCACCUGACUUGAUAUUAUCGAUCGUAUCCCGACUUCUGCUGAUGCGCUAAAAAUUCCGCGAUUCCGACAACAUGUAAAACAUCUAAUGUUGCACUACAGAACACAAAUCCCAAAUAUAGCGAUAAUGGUUACAACAAUACAUUUAGCCCAAACGGGACACGGUUCCUAUCAACAACAUCCAGGUGAAACAACAAUUAUGUGCAGCAAAUGAACAUCAAUCUUUAAACUGGACUUACAGCAAAGGGCGUUUAUGAAUACUGAAAAAAUUUUGGAAGAUUUUUCACUAAACUUGGUCGCAAGAAAAAAGAAUAAUUGCAGCUUUUUUGUUUUCAAAUAAAACAGGACAGAACUGUGUAGGAUUCUCGGAAAACUUAUAAUUUUCGAAACUGCGCAGGACUUCUCAACGCCUUGGGGGAGGAUUUAUCUCUCCCCCAGUUUCCUGCCUUUUGGUCCAGUUGUCGAGUUAUAAUCAAUAGUUUUAUAACUUCGCGCUGCUUCCCUUUACUUCUGUCAACAAAUAGGUAUUUACUUCUGUCAACAAAUAGGUACAUUAACAUGGCACAAUAUAAGCAUUUUUUGGAAACCUUAGAAGCUCGAGAGUCUCUUAACACAGAAGAAGAAAUUGAACUGGACCAAGAAGUUGAGGAACAAGAAACCGCAGAAUCAGUUGAUGAGCUGCGCGAACGUCUGGAGAACAUGAAAAAAUUAAUGGCAGAUAGAAAUCAAAACAAUGACAAUAAGGCGCAAAGAAGAAAACCAGCCACCGAUGUGAUCGACGGAAAUUUUCUCAGUAUUAUGUUUGCUUUAACAUUAUUCGUUAUUUUAGUUGUUAGCAUAUAUGCGUUUUAUAAUCUUUUUUGGGCAAUUUGGAAAAGAAAUUCUCGGUAUCACGAAGAGUUGUAGUUGUAAGCUAAACAAUUUUGUAUUAUCUACAUAUUAGGUAGGUACAUGUUUUUUGCUCAUCAUAAUAAAGUCAAAAAAAAUUCUCUUAGUAGAAAAAUUAGUUAAUAUAAUAAAUUUAAAUAAAUAAUGAGAAAAGCCUGAUAUGCAGGAAGUAGGUUUAGAACGGUGUGUUUUUUUGAUGAUAAAGUAAUUAGUUACCUACAGAUAUAAAAAGCUUAUUACUACUAGUACAACACAGUAUUUGUACUAUUCAUUUAGGUAUGUGAUGCUAUAUUAUCGAAUAUUUACAUAUUUAAGAAUGAAUAAUUUAGGCAUAACACCUAAGAAUAGUUGAAAAGGAAAAAUAAAUCAAUUUAUA